UGGGGAUCUUCUUCUUCACAAAGUCUCGCCUUUUCGUGCUCUUUCUGAUGGCGAGCUGCUUUUCUGCCUGCUGGCCAUGGGCCAAGAGGCCUGCGUCAGCUCAACGGCGGACCUCAACUGAUUCCAGAGGGAAAGGAUCGAACCGGCAGAGCUUCUUUAAUCUCUCACACACCAAGAAAACGGAGGGGAACAAGUCAAAUGCCAUACCGAAGGGCCCCUCGGUCCUGGACAAGGUGCUGCGGGUGGUGGGCUCAAGGAAGGAGGAGCCCUUGGCCGCCAUGAGCGAGUGGAUGGAAAAGACGGCGGACCCGCAGGUAGUCUCCAGAGAGGCCAUAAUCUUGGUCUUGGUCGGUCUACCUGCGCGUGGGAAGUCCUUCAUCUGUGGCGCAGUGGUGAGGCACCUGAAGUUGUUGGGCGUGCGGGUGCGGAGCUUCAAUGCUGGUGAGCUAAGACGGGAGACUGGGAAGGCUGGCAUCGAGGCCGACUUCUUUUCCUCCUCCAAUCUGGAGGCCUUUAAGGAGCGUGAACGCUUGGCCAUGCUCUGCUGUCAGCGGCUCUUGGAGUGGAUCCAGGCAGCUCCACCAGGUACAUCUUCCAUCGGCAUUUUGGAUGCCACCAACACCACCCUCCUGCGUCGGCAACGAGUCCUCGAGACGUGCUUUGCAGCAGCGCAAGAGGCACACCACGAUGAAAAGUCCGCGCCGCUUCGGGUGAUCUUCCUGGAAUCGCUCUGCAGCGAUCCCAAGAUAUUGCAGGACAACUACCAGAUGAAGCUGAGCAAUGACGACUACAAAGGUGCCGAAAGCAGCGCCGCCUUGGAUGAUUUCAAGAAACGUGUUGAAGCCUAUGAGGCACAGUACGAGCCUUUGCAGGAGGGCGAAUUGGACUUCACGCAGAACCGGCCCAGCGAUGCGGCGAUGCCGGUGGGCUCCGUGCAGAUCUACGACGGAGGGCAAAAGAUCACAUGCUGUCGAACUGGGAGUUCCCUGGUGGCGGCGCCGCUGAUCUCCCUCUUGCACGCGAUGCACCUCACCAGGCGACAAAUCUUGCUGGCGCCGGAGUCCAAUAGCGCGGGUCAGGGUUUGCCUCCGCAGAGCUUCGUUGAGAUUCUCAAGAACGAAGAAGAGAAGGAGGGGCGGAUCAUGGACGUGAUCUGUGGGGCUUCGAAGCAUGCGGUGCGGAUCGCGCAGGAGCUUUCAAAGGUGCCUUCUGUGCCUUCUGCCUCCGGCGUCGCUGCGGGCGCCCCGCGUGGCCGUCCCCGCUGUGUGCUGAAUCUCCGGGCGCUGCAGGGCCGCUCCGCGGACGGCGCCGCCGACGGUGCGGCGACGGCGGAGAGCUAUGCAGACCUGGUAAGACGGAUGCGGGUGGAGGUGCUCCUGCUGCUGGAGCGCCUGCCACGAUCAGUCCUUGUCAUUUGCCCCGGUGAGGAUGUGCGCAGGGUGCUCUUCGCCCACUUCUGCGGCUGCUCCGAGAAAUCCAUUGCGGACCUGGAGAUGCCCAGCUGGGCAGUCCUCGAGCUCACGCGGGACCACAAGGGCUAUUCCUGUGAAGAGUUGGAACUUCAACAACAGCCGCGGCACAGCCUCAGUGGCCGACGCCUCUCCGCCUGAGCGUCCGAUCGGACGCUGGAUGGACUGAGGGCGCCAUGCUGGGAGGAAGACAAAGCACGUAGGACUUCAGCACUGCUGGAAGGACUUACACUCCCUGGAAUCCAUCCAUGGACGAGGAGUGGAGUUCACCACCUGUUGGGGUAUCCGGAAGAUGGCCAUCCGAGUCUUUCGGGGCCCAUGCCCUCCGUCAUGCCAAUUCCAGGGAGCGUAGCGACUCAACCGUACCACCUUUCCCAAGUACGAGAGCGUCCGACCGCACUUGCCAGAACUGGUCGGAGACCUUCGAUACUUGCAGGGAGCGAACCUGAAAAAAGGAUCACUCCAAAGAGAAUAGGUGCAGGUCAUGAACUUCGAUACUUGACAAUGGAAGAACCCCAGAUUUUUGGGAGAAUGCCGGCAAUGUGACCGAUUAGACCACUGUCCGUGCCUCAAUUAGGCCAAUCUGCUGAUGAUUCCUCAUCGUUUCUUCUUAAGACCACUGUCCAUGUCGAUUGGCC